AUGUCGUACAACAUUUCCGCUGCACCGGCAUGCCCGGAACCGUAUCUCGGGCCCAGCCUCGCCUACUCCUGUCCGGGUCCGCAGUUUCUGACCUUUAUGACACUCUUGGACACGUUCAUCCGGGCGAAAGAUGAAAUAUCACAGUUGUGCGAGAGGGUCAGGCCAGUGGAUCCGCCGCAGUACACUUACGACUUCAUCGUCGUCGGCGGGGGAACAGCUGGUUCCGUGGUGGCAUCUAGACUGAGUGACCAACCAGAAUGGAAAGUUCUAUUGCUCGAAGCUGGUCCCGACGAGCCACCGGGUGCAGAGGUUCCGAGUAUGGUGGCAAUGUUUCUAGGUACCGAGAUCGAUUGGCAGUACCGUACAGUGAACGAGAUGAACGCGUGCCUCGCGAUGGGAGGAUCGUGCAGCUGGCCGCGAGGUAAGAAUCUAGGCGGAACCUCGGCGCACAAUGGCAUGAUGUAUACUCGGGGACACGCAAAGGAUUACAACAAUUGGGCAGCCAUGGGCAACGUGGGAUGGAGUUGGGAAGAGGUAUUGCCGUAUUUCAUGUGCUCCGAAAACAACACCGAGAUCAAUCGGGUUGGUCGUAAAUAUCAUUCCACCGACGGGUUGCUCAACAUCGGGAGGUUCCCGUGGAGACCCGACAUUUCCAAGGAUCUCCUCGCAGCGGCUGCCGAGAGAGGAUACCCGAUCACGGAGGACCUUAAUGGCGAUAGGCCCACCGGGUUCACGGUCGCCCAAAUGAUGAACAAAAACGGGGUUAGGCAGAGCGCCGCAUCAGCCUUCUUGCGACCAUUUCGUUACAGGCGGAAUCUUCAGAUUGCGCUCAACGCCACCGUCACCAAGAUCAUUAUCGAAAACAUGAAAGCGGUCGGCGUGCAAUACUAUCAAGACGGAAAGCUUCGGAUCGCUCGUGCGAAUCGCGAGGUAAUCGUUUCUGGUGGAGCUGUCAAUUCUCCGCAACUGUUGUUACUCUCCGGAAUCGGGCCAAAGGAACACUUGAAGGCCGUGAACGUCAGCGUUGUCAAAGAUCUUCCGGGUGUUGGCGAGAAUGUACAAAAUCAUGUGUCCUACACGGUAUCGUGGACCAUCAACGAGCCGAACGAAGUCGACCUGAACUGGGCAUCGGCUCUGGAGUACAUUUCGUUUCAGAGAGGACCGAUGGCGUCCACGGGUCUGUCCCAAAUUACAGGAAUUAUUCCCUCGAUAUACACCACUCCCGAUCACCCUGAUCUUCAGUUCUUCUUCGGUGGGUAUCAAGCGGCGUGUAGCACUAAUGGCGAGAUAGGAGCCACUAUGGGCAGCGAAGGUCGCAGCAUAAGCAUGUCACCGACGAAUCUUCAACCUCGGAGUAGAGGAACCCUUCGUUUGGCCAGCAACGAUCCAUUUGCGAAGCCCAUAAUCCACGGAAACUACUUGAGCGAUCCUUUGGACGUGGCUAUUCUAAUAGAGGGAAUUCAGAUAGCCUUGUCAUUCGCCAACACCACCGCCAUGGCGAAAUACAAUAUGACGCUUAGUAAUACACCGCUGCCAGCUUGUUCACAGUAUCCAUUUCUAAGCAAUGAUUACUGGAGCUGUGCCGUACGACAGGACACUGGUCCGGAGAACCAUCAAGCGGGUUCCUGUAAAAUGGGCCCUGCCAGCGAUUACAUGGCUGUCGUUGAUCCAGAGUUGAGGGUUCACGGUAUCAGAGGACUACGAGUUGCCGACACGUCUAUCAUGCCACAAGUAACGUCCAGUAACACGGCGGCUCCGGCGAUAAUGAUCGGCGAAAGGGCAGCCGCGUUUAUCAAGUCGGCCUGGGGUGCUGGUGGAACGCAAUGUUCCCGUUCUACGAUUGACAGCUCGCUGGAUCUAUUGCUUUGGGGGAUCAAAUACGUCGAUUGGGACCAGAGUGUCUGGUAG